AUGGCGAUCCUAGCACGCACACUCAUUUUUAUUUCACUCUCCGCUCUCUCUUUCUUCCCAGUUUCAUCUUCUGAACAUCCAACUUCAGACAGAUCAAAACUUCCCCUAUUCGCUUUUAGUUGGUGGGAUGACAAGGGCACAUUCUUGGCCGGUGACACAGCAACCAUCAAAGUCAAAGUGCUUGAGAAUGCUGAUAAGAUUGACAGAAAAACCUUCAACCCCAUACUAACCGUGAAUGGAAAGGAAGGGAACAGUUCCUACGUGUCUACCGUGUUGUCAGAUUUCAAAGGAGACCCAAAUGAGUGGAAGAUUUCCUUCACCCCCAUCAGGGUUGGAUUGUUUAAUUUACUCAUCAGCGAUGACCGUUAUAAAGUUGAUGAUUCUUCUUUGCAUUUCCAAGUUGAGCCAGGGAACAUGUACCCAUCUCUAUGUGUUGCAUCAUGGAAGGGUGUGAGACAUGAAUUUGAAGCUGGUUCAAAAGCAACAAUCAUGGUACUCCUUAAAGAUGCAUUUGGGAACAGUAUCUCUCAGACGGCUGAAGUUUCUUAUUUGCCUGAUUUUAAGUUGUAUGUGCUGCAUGAAAAUGGUUCUGUUGCAAGUGCUCCAGAUAUCUCAAACAUAGGGUGGAAUGAGUUUGAUUAUGUAGUCAUUGAGUUUGUUGUGACGAUAGCGGGAAAGUUCUCCUUGAGCUUAGAAGGAGGAAAUCAAACCUUGAAUGGUUCUCCAUUGCCAUUGAAGGUUAAUCCAGGAACUAUAGAUGUCUCUAACUGUAUCGCCAAAUGGAACAUUGAAUCACAUGCAUGGCAAUUGGCUUCCAAGAUGGAAAUCUUUAUACAUCAGUUAGAUCAAUAUGGAAAUUUGGUUUCUGGACUGUAUCCUUUUGAUUCUGAAGUUGUUGAAAGAGAUACAAACUUGUCAAUACCGAUAUCAGAUCUUCACUUUGAGGAAGUGGAUGCUGGAAUUCAGUUGUUUUCGUUUAGCAAUUUGGAGCCAGGGAACUUCCUGCUGACAAUAUAUGAUUCCAAGCAUGAUAAAAGCAUUUCCAAUAUGCCAUAUGUUUAUACUGUAUUUAUUGGUUAUUGUGAUGGUGUUAAAAGUGUUGUUAAUGGAUCCGGUUUAAAUGAUUCAGUAGCUGGUGUAAAGGCAGAAUUCUCUGUUUAUUUGAAUGACAUUUAUCAAUAUCCUUCCCCUAUUGAAGCAAACAUACUUCAAGUACAAAUUUUAAGAGAAAAUGACUCCUACAGCGCUUCACCAAUCAUAUAUCCUAUGCUAAACAAUAAUGCGAGCACAAUAGCUUCAAGAGUGAGAUAUGAUGGAAUUAGUCACAUGGAAGCCGCCCCGUCACCUUCAAUAGAGCUUGGCAACAAUCCUAAUGGGAGCGAGAGCUUUGUCAUGGCCAGUGCUUUUCAUGUGAAAUACAUACUAGAAAAAAGUGGCUUUUAUGAUAUUAACAUACAUUGUGGGAACAUAUUAUUGAACGAGGGACAUUCAUUCAGGAAAGAGGUAAAAGCAGGUGAAGUAAAUGUUUCCCUGUCAAGUGUUGUGAGGUUUUCUUCAAAGGUGCCAAAGCUGUCGAAAAAUGAAAUAGUUGUGCAGCUUGUGGAUUCAUAUUUAAAUCCUGUCCUCUCACAGCAAUCAAGGUUGAAAUUGGAGAUUGCUGCUUCUACCAAUAGUUCUGGCUUUUUAACUUUGGACAUUAAGGAUAAUAAGGAUGGAUCAUACAGCUGCAGCUAUAUGGCCAAAGAUGUUGGCACUUACGAGAUUUGUGCUUCCUUUGAUGGCAAGCGUUUCUUGUCAUGUCCCUUCAGUAUCAAUGUGUAUAGCAGUGAAUAUUUUCCAAAGGCUAACAAUGAUACAAUAUCUCUUUGGGAGGAUCAGUCCAUUGCCCUUGAUGCCUUAGCAAAUGAUUAUUUUGCGGGUGAUAAAGCAAGUAUAGUUGAAUUCUCGAAACCAGAUCAUGGUUCACUUAUGCAGAAUGGAAGGAUCUUUCGUUACACUCCUUAUAAAGGGUAUUAUGGAAACGAUUCCUUUUGGUAUACAAUUUCUGAUAUAAAUGGAAAUCUUGCUACUGCUUUCAUGUACAUAUCUGUUCUCAAUGUUCCACCUCAGUUUGUUUCUGUUCCAAAUCAACUGCAAGCAACAGAAGAUUUGAUAAGCCCUAGAUUUGGUGGUUUCACUGGGUUUGAGUUAACUUAUUCAAAUCCAAAGGAGAAUAUUUCUGUCAAUCUUAGUGCACAAUCUGGAUGUAUACUUCUGUCUCCAGUGGCAAUGCAAUUUGGGCAAGUAAUGUGGAGCAAACUUACAAUUUAUUCAGGAAAUGAAACAACAACCAGUUUAAUAAUAGAAGGCUCUGUGGAAGUAAUUAAUUUUGCGCUUCAGUCAAUUCAAUAUCUAGGAAAUGAAAAUUUUUAUGGUGGAGAUACCAUUCAAGUCUCUGCCAGGAAUAAGAAUGGGGUGAAUUCAUUAGGUGUUCCAAUAUUUGUUGAUCCUAUUAAUGACCCUCCAUUUAUUAGAGUCCCAUACUUCAUCAUAUUGAAGAGUAAUGAAGAUGAGACCCUUAUCUUUGACCAAGAGAAAGACAAGUUUGACUUUUUCAUUGGAGAUCCCGAUCUUCUUACCUUCCCUGGUGGUCAGGCUCAUUUUUUUGUGACGUUCUCUAUGGAAGUAAAUGAUGGAUUCUUAGUAACAAACCUACCAGUUCAUUUGAUCAACACAACUGAAUUGAAGCACAGAUAUAAUUAUCAGUGGCAGCCUCUUCAGACAUAUGUUACUAUCUCAAAGCACUUUAUUGUCAAAGCUCAUGGAAUCAGAUUUCUGGGCACAGUCAAUGACUGCAAUAGUGUUAUGCAGCAACUGUUCUAUCAUGGAGGUGAGCGUGGAGCUGUGUUAACAUUGACACUAAAUGACAUGGGGAACUAUGGAUGUUAUCCAGAUUGUGCAGAGGGAAUGUCAAUGCCAUUAUAUACUGAAGCUAUAGUUAAUUUGAUGAGAAAACAGCCAAUGAGUUCAUUUCUUGCUCACACCUUAGGAUCAAUCAUUGUCAUUGAAUUUGUCAUCAUGUCCUCUCUUGGAGUGCUGCUUCUGUACUUCACCUGUAAAUGUGCAAUUCUUCUUGCACAGGAAAGAAGAAACCACGAGAAAAGGUCUUCAGAGCUAUCUACUGCACAAAGUUCCCACAGAGAAACUGUAAGAGUACAAAUAUAG